AUGCCUGGUGUGUGCGCGGGGCUCCGUGAUGACGAUGGCAAAAAUCCCGAAGUCCUGGAUUACCUAAAAGCAGAGAAUGCAUAUGGGAAGACUAUCUUAGAGGGCGUCAGCAAGCUGGAGAAGGACAUCCUGCGCGACAUGGACAGCCGCGUGCCGCGCGAAGAAAGCCAGCAAGGCCCCUUGUCGUACGGGCCGAACCUAAAGUCUUCGGAGCAAGUGGUGCUUGACGUCAAUAAGCUGUCCAAGGGCUUCAAGUACUGCGAUGUGGGAGCAGUCAAGCGAUGGUCCCUGGUGGCGGGUUUCACCACCUCCGGGCCUUAUGCUGUGCCACCCCGGCAUCAAUACACAACCCCUCUUCACACCCACAUCCAUACCCACCACAUACACACGCUCUUGCGCGAUGGCUUUGCGCAUGCGGACGGAAAACAUGGGCGUUACGUGGCGUUUUCGGUGGACACGGUGGGCAAUGAGGAGUACGAGAUUGUCGUACAGGAGAUUGGCAGUGGAAGGCGGGUGGCAUUCGCAGGCGCCGAAGAGCUGUCCUCUGUUGUGAAUUUUGGCGGAAUGCCCAACUGCGCGGCCUCCCUGGAGUGGAGUGCGGACAGCGCGGCCGUGUUCGCAUUGCUGCUGGGCUACUCAGCCCUGCUCGCACUGACGAUGCCGUUAGAGGGCCCGUCGGCUCCAGCUGUGGCGGUGCAGCCGCCUAGCCGAGGCGUGCCCAAGGGGGUCAGACUGUAUGGCAACGACCCGUGGGUCGUUGUGGCACCCGAGUCGGAUGCAUGUGACAUACUGCGCGCCGAUCACUUGUACGGCAACGGCGACGGCAAGGAGACGUUUGCCGUACUUAUGGAUACGGAUAAGUACCCUGAUGGUCACGUGUGUGCCGUGACGGCAGGCGACCUGAAACGCCGUACGGUGCUAGUCCCAGGCAAGAGCGGCUGUCAAGUGGUUGAUAUUGCCGUAUGUGGCGAAUGCGGAAGCAGCCUGAAGGGUGCUGACGCAGCUGGGGCCGGCGGCGCCGCCGCCAACGGUGCCGGCCACAGCGAUAGUGGUGCCGCCGCCAAGGGGGAUGUCAAAGGCGGUCGUUACCUUGUCGUACAUAUGCUGGAGGACAUGAGGGCCGAUGUGAAGGUGUACGACCUGUCAUCCGUACAGCAGUGGGUGGCGGUACGGGAGUCGGAUCGGGGCCGGCGGCAGCAGGAGCGACGGCGGGUGCAGCGUGCGGCGGCGGCCGCGGCGGCGGCUGUGGUGGAAAAGGACGUCGACGUUUCCGGCGAUGACGAAGAGGACGACGACGAUUACGAUGACGAGGCUGAGGAGGGAAAGGAGGAAGCACCUGCGGGUUUGCUUCCAUUGCUCUGGACCUUCUCCCCUGGCGAGGCCAUCUCCAGCCUGCACAUCGACCAUAACUGCUGGCCAGGCACCAUGCCGUACGUACGGGUGUCGUACAGCAACCUGACUACGCCCAUCACCACGGUGGACCUGGACCUAGCUGCGCAUCAGCAUUUCGUACGGGAGGUACGAACGUACGAUCGUGUAGGACUUGUGUAUGCCCCUGGAGACGCCUGGCCGCCAACCACCGGCCGGCCAUUGCCCUGCAUCGUCCAAGCAUACGGCGCGUACGGCAGGAAGCUGCUUCCCGAUUUCAUUCCCGGCGACUUGGCCAUCCUUGAUGGCGGCGGCGCCGCCUCCCCUGCCGCCGCCGCCGCCGCCGCUGAUGGCUGUGGGCUGUGCUUGAUGGUGAUUGCACACGCCCGCGGCGGCGGGGAGCUGGGAGCUCACUGGCAUCUGCAGGGCAAGAAACACAAUAAGAUCAACACGGCUGAGGACAUCGCGGCGGUGGUGCGGAUGUUGGUGGAGGGCGGCUACGUGCGACCAGAUGCGGUGGCGCUGUGGGGCCGGUCGGCAGGCGGCCUGGCCAUGGGGAUGACCCUGGAGCGCUGUCCGGCAGGAACCUUCCGUACUGCCGUCCUUGACGUACCUUUUCUGGACGUGCUUGGAUCCAUGAUGGACACUUCCUUGCCGUUGACGGUCAAAGAACAACCGGAGUGGGGCGACCCCGCGUCGUCGCAGGAGGACUACGAUUACAUCCUGUCGUACUCACCGUACGACAUGGUCGAGUCCCUCGCGAGCAAGACCCCCGCCGUAAUCGUCACGUGCAGUCUCAAUGACCCUCGAGUGCCGUACUGGGGCCCGGCUAAAUUUGUAGCGCGGCUGCGCGCCGCCAUGGCGGCGGAGGCGGCGGCCGCCGCUGGCGCUGGCGCCGCCGCUGCCGUCGGGCCGGUGCUGCUGCUGACGGAGCUCGACGCCGGCGGCCACUUCGCCGCGAGUGGCGCAAGCGGUCGUCUGGCGGAGCGGGCGAUGCGUGUGGCGUUCAUGCUGAGGGAGCUAAAGAAGGGAAUGGAUGCGACGGCGGUGCCGUUGACCCCAGCCGGCCAAGUCGGCCGCUGA